AUCCGGAUCUGAAACUUACCAUCAGCCUCUCUGCCGCCGCAACACCGCUACGCCGCUCUAACCAUUCACUCCACACAACGAUACAUGAAGAAUGUGACAGUGUCAAUACUUGCAGGCAAGCAUCUUGCAUGCCUAGUCGGUCAUAAUGGCGCACCCACUUCGCCGGCACCGUUCAUCCCUGGAAGGAGUUAUCGUUCCUUUGUCGCAACCUUUGAAGCCUGAGGACCGUGACCUUGCGAUUCCAAUUUUCGACAAGAUUAUUCUGCACUUUGAGCCUUCUCAGGCAACGGACAGCAGCUACAAACCAGUCACUCUUAUCAGACUCAUGAAAAACGAGAUUUCUGAAAAAGACGAAUUCUUGAGCUUCUUUUUAUCUUUUAUCCAGCAAGACCUGCUUGGGGAAAGUGAUAGAAGAACCGGUCUUGAUCGAGUCUUAUCACACCUUACUAGCUUUUCUAGCUGGUCAGCUGAAGAGAAAAACGCUUUAAGUGGAAGUCUUGUUGCAUUCGCCAAGUAUUUGGUAGACAAUUUCUUCUUACCCCGUAAAACUCCUCAACCUACUCCAGCUCUUUCUCGAACUAAAACGCCCGAAAUCGCCAUCGGCACCCCUCAACGUGUCUCGAACCUGCGAAAAGCCUGCCUUAUUCGUGACCGCUACCGAUGUGUCAUUACUCGGAAAUUCGACGCCCAAGAAGGCCAGAAUCGAUAUAAAGAGCAUGGACGUGAUGUGAAAGACGAUGAUGGCAACUCACUACUUCCAGAACGUGAUACUAUGACGUUUUUGGAAGUCGCUCACAUAAUACCUCACUCUCUCAAGUCACUUACUGGUGAAGGAGGUGAAUGGAGACUUAUCCAAAGCAAAUUGCUCACAGAAUCCUAACAAUGUUCAACCCCGGCGCUAUCCACCUAAUUGAUGGCGUUGAUAU